AUGACACAGAUGCUCCCUCGACUGAACUGGGACAUCCUCAUCAACAUCAUAAACGUCAUAGACAAUCCUCGCGAGAUCGUCAGAUCUUUCAUGUCCCUCAACCGUUAUUUCUACCACGAGGGUGCCAAGGUUGCCCUUCAACGCCCCAUCAGGCUUGACGAGCUAGAUGUACUGAGGCUCUUCCUGCGCUUCGUCAAAGCCGAGAAGUGGACACGUUGUCGCUACAUCCGCCAUCUUUACUUUGCAUUCGGCGACCCCGAUGAAUAUGACGACAAACAUGUGCGUCUCCUCGCGAAAUUCAUCGCCCGCUGCACGAAGCUCGAGACACUCCAGCUCGCCGGAGGCGGAGGAGACCUCUUCUUCGAUCACACCGAACUCUGGGACGCCUGCACUACGCUCUCCUCCCUGCGAAAUCUGCACAUCUACGCAUACUUCGGCAUGGGCGUUUACAAGCUACUCCAGAAGCUUGAAUGUACUCUUUCGAACGUCUAUCUUCGGAUAGAGGACCGCGAGGACUUCGACCUCGACAACGACGACUCAGCUCUCGACUGCUCACACCCCAUCACGCUCUUCGCCAACCACCGCGACACCCUCGAGUCGCUCAUUUGCGAGCAUUGGUAUGGUCUCGAGCACACGCCCACCGCCUUCUACGUCUACCCCAAACUACUCCGUCUCGCCAUCGACUACGCCAUCAUCCGUGACGUCACCUCCCUCGUCCGCGCGUAUCCCAACCUGCAAUACCUCCGCUCCAGCACAGCCCAGUGCGGGUACAGCGUCGUGAGCGACGAAGAGAAGCGCCAGAUCCGUGGUGAGAAUCUCGACAGCCAAACCGGCCGCGGCGGGGUGUCGUGGCCGUGUCUGCAGGCCUUCUCGGGCGGCAUCGACGAGCUUUACAUACUCGGUCUCCCUGGACGCAUCCGGCGCAUCGAGUUCCAGACGGUCAGCAUAGGGUGCGUCCUCGAAGGCGAUGCGCUCCGGAACGAGAUGCUCGAGGAAGUCCUGGCGCACGCCCAGCCGGAACAUCUCCGGCUCGAAUGCAACGACGUGCUCCUCGGGGACGCCCGGUCGGGCCUCGUCGCCGCCCUGCGCGGGGCCGGUGGGGAGAACCUCCGCUCGCUCUACGUCAAGACGGAGCUUGCGACCUCUCUGCGAAGCACCCGCUUGGCGGUCCUCGACCUCGACGUGCGUUUUGGGAAGACGGGCCAUCAUCUACUUUCGAUCGAGGGUAUGGCGUCAUCGGCAGACGAGUCGUGUUCUGACGGAGAAAGAGAGCGACGAAAGCGCGUCCGCGAACUCCGGGCGCGCUCGCCCGCGCCCCCGCCAUUGACCGACUCUGAAGAAUCGACGACGCGCAUCGAUCCCGACAAGUACCUGCGCGACCUGUGGGAGACCAUCCCGACUCUGGAUGAAGCCGUGAUGCGGAUCCAGAACCCACGGCGCGGGAGGCGCAACAUGGGGUCCAGGACGGCGACGUUGUUGAGGGGCACGGCUCGGCGGGAGGAUUGGCCGAAUGAGUGGGCCACGAUUCCGUGGGUGCCACACUGGCGUUGGGGCUGGUAG